GGUAGGUAGAUGUAUCUUCCCUUCGAAUUCCCCUUAUCCUUACCUUACCUAUCGAGUAUACCGUACCGUGCCGAUCUGAGCAAGCUAUCGAUGCUCACUUGCCUUUACCCUGUCGUAGAGGGUCGCCAUCGCAGCGCCAGCAUGGCUCUUGAUAGGUGCGUCGUGCAGAGCAGCCUUUCCAUUGGGUAUAAGUAUCCCAGGAGCCCAGCUAUAGCUAGCUGCUCGCUCUUGCAUGUCGAGAUGAUGAACCCUUCCAAGGACAGGAUAAGCAUGGGACCUGGUGGACCUUGUUAAAGCUUCUCGCUCCCAAUUCACCUUCACUUUUCAUCGAGGAACUUGUCCCCAUUGUCGUUAUCACCAGUUGACUCUUCACUCAAUAUCCAACAAGCUACAGUAAUCCCCCGGCCCAGGUCUAAGCGAAACAUCCUCGACGCCUCUAAUUGUGUUGAACACCUCGCAUCGAACACUGAUUCGCAGUACAUGCAGUCGAGAGGCCCUGUCACGUCUUAUCCGCUUCCCUAUCUUCCCAUCAUCCAUUUCCCAUCACGAAGAUGGCGCUGAGACAGCAAGAUGAGUCGUACGCGGCUUUGCAGAACCCAAAUAACGAAAAAGAUAAAUCCCAAGAUGCCAAGGGCGAUUCCGGCAGUGGCGACCUCGAAUCGAAUGAGGCCAAGAGGAGAAGUGCUGUUGCAAAUAAGACCACUGGGAAUCGAAUCGCUCCAGUGUUGCCACACUUGAUGGGAUACGAUUUUGGAGAUGAUUCCAGCAUUGAGGGCUCGGAUAUCUUGGGCAAGCAGAUCGAGCUUGAGGCUGACAACGCGAUUCAAUACAGGACUUGUAGCUGGCAGAAGGUAAGAUUUACUUUGCACAGUGGUUGCUAUUCAAGUGGCUAUUUAGAGGUGUAUUUCCUGUCCAGCCUCUUGGAUCGUAUUGACGUCAACAUUUACUGGUUCUUCACGCACCAGCCCAUGAUCCCAUGAUCUCAUUUCAUCAGCCUUGGACAAACGCUAUCGUUCUUCUUGCUAACUUUAAAACAGACUGCUGCCUUGCUCUUCUCAGAGUACAUCUGUCUGGCUAUCAUGUCCUUCCCCUGGUCUUAUCACAUCCUGGGUCUCGUUCCUGGCCUUAUAUUGACAGUCUUAGUCGCGGCUGUGGUUCUGUACACUUCUCUGGUCCUCUGGAGAUUUUGUUUAAUUCAUCCUGAAGUUAGAGAUGUUUGUGACAUUGGGCAAAUGCUAUUUUGGGGCAAGACCUGGGCAUGGUAUGCAACUGCCGUCAUGUUCCUUCUCAACAACUGCUUCAUUCAGGGCUUGCAUGUCUUGGUAACCGCCAAGUACUUGAACACUAUCACCAAUCACAGCCAAUGUACUAUCGUUUUUUCAGUUAUUGCCGCUCUGAUCUCGUGGUUCUGCUCUCUCCCGAGAACAUUCAGCGCUCUUUCUAAGCUGGCAACUGUGUCUGCGUUUUUCACAUUCGUCUCCGUUCUUCUUGCUGCCAUCUUUGCUGGGAUCGAAGCACAUCCAGCUGGCUACAAUCCAGACCCCAAUUUCGUGGAUUCAGUAACCGGAAUGACAGGGGGAGAACCAAUUGUUACUGCCUUUCCAGUUGCAGGAACAACAUUUGUCUUGGGGAUGAGUGCCUUUCUCAACAUCAGCUAUACAUUCAUAGGCCAAAUCACUCUUCCCAGUUUCAUCGCGGAGAUGAAGAACCCAAAGGACUUUCCAAAAGCUCUUUGGGCUGUGACUAUCGCAGAAGUGGUCGUGUUCGGCUGCGUGGGUGCCGUCAUCUAUGCCUUCACCGGAAACCAAUACAUGACUUCUCCAGCUUUCGGCUCCAUAGGGAAUGAUGUUUACAAGAAGAUUUCUUUCAGCUUGAUGAUACCCACUCUGAUAUUUCUCGGUGUUCUUUAUGCUUCGGUCUCCGCACGCUUCAUCUUCUUUCGAAUCUUUGAAGGGACCAGGCACAAAAGCAAUCACACGGUUUUGGGUUGGUCUGUUUGGGGAGGUAUUCUUGCAGGAACUUGGCUUAUAGCGUUCAUCAUUGCGGAAGUCAUACCCUUCUUCAGUGACCUACUUUCUCUUAUGUCAUCCCUCUUUGAUUCUUUUUUCGGCUUCAUCUUCUGGGGUGUUGCCUACAUUCGAAUGAAGAGAGCCGAUGGAGGUGUCCAAUGGAUUCGUGAGCAGUCUUCAAUGGGGUAUCUUGAGCUUGGAUUGAAUGUCUUCAUAAUCAUCAUUGGACUCUUUUUCCUGGGAGCUGGUACCUACACUAGCGUGGAAAGCAUUAUCGAUAGUUAUGCUGCUGGAGCAGUGUCGGGUGUUUUUACUUGUGCAAGUAACGGCCUCUAGGAUAUAUCAAGCUGGUUGUGGAAGCAUCAUUAGGAGUGUUGGAAACAUGUGUACACAAACCCCCGUGUUGGCAUGAUGCUGGCACAAACCAGACCCAGACUCUAGGUCACAAGUCUGCCAUUGACGCAGACUUCGUUUCUAUCGAAAACUAGAAAAUUAAGUGAUUGAUGAUGGAUGGUACAUGUUAUUGGAAACUCCAAAAACUUGAUCUAUGGCCAUUCGGACGAUUUCACGAAAAUUGAGCAUCCUGCGGACGUACCGGAUUUAAUUUAACCUGUG